AUGGAAUCCUUAGAGAAUUCUCUUAGGGUUUCAACGGAAGAAGAAGAUCUCGUGCAACGCAGCACCAAAAAAGUUAAAACACGCGACAAAAUGGAUUUGAAUCAACCACGUGAUGAUAUGGAGAUUCUCCAUGAGAACACUGAAAAUGCCAUAGUGAGGUCCAAAGCUACAUAUAAGGAAUCUUUGCUGAAACCAUCUGGUCCUACAAUGGAAGAUGAUAUGGAUCUCCAUGAACAAACGGAUGAAGAUUCUCCGAAUCCGGAGGAUAGAUGGUAUAAAGAUAGCGACGAUCACUCUGACAGGGAGAAAUCUUUUGAUCCUUGCCCCACUAUCAAAGUAACCCAAGAAGAAUUCGAGGAAUGGUGUAAACCGUGGCGAGCAUCCCUCAUCGUUAAAGUCUUGGGAAAGAGACUCAACUUAGGCUUCAUGGAGCAACGUUUAAAGAGAGAUUGGGUCAAAAAAGGUACGAUUAAUGUUAUUGAUAUGGAUCGUGAUUAUUUUUUGGUUCAUUUUUCAAAUGAAGAUGACUAUUCGCAUGCACUGACGGGAGGACCUUGGAUGGUGGCUGGGCAUUAUUUAAUUGUCCAAUGUCGGAGGCCUUUUUUUCUGGAAUCUGAGAAAGCAGUUCGCAAAAUAGCGGCUUGGAUACGCAUACCGAAUCUCCCGAUCGAGCUGUACAACCAUCACUUUCUAUGGAGAGUGGGAUCGGCCAUUGGUACGAUGUUGAAAAUAGAUAGAGCUACGUCUAUUCAUUCGAGAGGAAGGUUUGCCAGAAUAUGUGUUGAGAUUGACCUCACUAAAAAGUUAGUCCCCAGAAUUUCUGUUCUUGGGAGUAUUCUCAAUAUUGAAUAUGAAGGUCUACACCUUAUUUGCUUCAAGUGCGGUCUUUAUGGUCACCGUUCAGAACAAUGUAGUGAACCGUCGGAGGAUGCGGAGGAAGGAGGCGGCGUCUCGGGGUCCCGAGGAGAUGGAAGCAGAUCUGAUGAACAGAAAAUCAUUGCAUUGAAUGAGGACCAGAGUGAAAAUAGCAUAAAAUCCGGUGAACAAAAUCAAAGGAUAUAUGAUCAAAGCCCCCCAAAUUUUGGGCCCUGGAUGAUGGUAAGGAAGCAAUUUAGAAGGAAAUCGGAGAGAUAUGCGACUAACCAAAAGAGUAAUUUUUAUGGUAAGGAAUCCUUGAAUAAUAUGGAAGGAGAAUAUAAUAGCGCUACCCAGGGAGAAGAAUCAGGGUCCAGAUUCAAUGUUUUAUUGGAGGAAGGUUUGGAUGAUAUGCAAGGAUUGCAUGGCAAUAACAAAUCUAAAGGAAAUGACCAACCAAGCACUAUGAAAAAUGGGUCCCAUCAGCAAGCAAAACAAAAAGAAAAUGGGCCAUCCAUAAAAGCCCAUGACAAGAUCUUAAGACAAGGAGCUGGGAAGGUGAUUAAAAAAGGCACACUUAUAAAAGGUAGGCCCACUAAAGUUGAAAAAGGACCCAAAGUUUCUUUCAAGAAGACCGAACAAGAACAUGCCACUUCGGACCCCCAAAUGGCAAUUUCAAAACAUGGAAUUUCCUCUUCCAGGGAUUCUAAUGUUGCAGCCAUGGAACUUGAAAUGCUUGAAGACAUGAGAAGAAUCCAAAAGGAGCAAUGGAAGAUCUACGAAGAAUCCAAAACACAUGAAAAGUUCAUGGAAUCACAUGUAGUGACAAACAGUUUCAUCACCCAAGUUCCUGGCCAUAUUGCAAAAGAGAGAGAUCCAUCUUCCGAUAGCAGGAAUCCAAAAAAUUCAGAGGAAAAGCCACCUGAUCAAUUCAUGGAGGAUGUGGUGGUACACUCAUCAAGUGAUGGGCACGGGGCGUCUGCCCAGGUUCAAUAA